AUGCAAAAUUUCGUGGUCUUCUCAUUGCUCGUCGUGGUUAUGGUGGCUGGGUUCAAGCCGUUGCCUGGCGGCAAUCGAAAGAAAUUGACAUCCUCUUGUGUUGAUUUCUGUAACGGUGAAUCGCGAUCAACGAGCACUGGAUUCAACUUUAAAGGCAAGGGAUGGGAGCUGUGCAAUUGUCCAAUUGCACAAGGAUCUGGACAAUGGGCAAACAGUGGUUGCUGGCGAGAAUGUGUGGAUCGAUGCGUUGCAACAAAGGGAAAAUGUGCUGAUCCGAAAAGAAGCAACAAGAAAAAUCAAGGCCCAUGUUGCUCAACAGCUGACAAGAAUUCAACAAUUCGAACUCAAUGCUACUCAACAGCAUCUGGUCUCUGUUAUUGUAAUGGACAAAAUGCACAAUGUAGCGGGAAAUUUGCCACUGCUGAUGCCACUGCUGAUGCCACUGCUGAUGCCACUGCUGAUGCCACUGCUGAUGCCACUGCUGAUGCCACUGCUGAUGCCACUGCUGAUGCCACUGCUGAUGCCACUGCUGAUGCCACUGCUGAUGCCACUGCUGAUGCCACUGCUGAUGCCACUGCCGAUGCCACUGCUGAUGCAAAAUUGCACAAAAUUGCCACUGCUGAUGCAAGACAAAGA